AAGCUUCCACAGGUGCUCCGCACCUAAUCUUGAUUACAUUAAUUUCACGUUGUCGAAGAAUGGCGCCGCCUAUAUCAGCUUUAUCACUCUGCAGUCGUCUACCAUUCAGCCACCCACACUCCCAAUCCCUGGUUACAUGUGUGUGAUCCCUCGACUGUAACCUCCAAUUUCAUAUCUGCAAUCACACCCACGAAUCCAUUCCGAUAUUCAACAAAACUCGUUACAAAUCAUACUUUUCUUUAAUUUCAUCAACCAUGGCUGCACUCUUCAAUAGAUUAUCAAAAGCAUGCCUCACCAGCACAAAACACAAUUUCAAAAUCUCCACCUAUGCAAGGCAUAUGAGCAACAUCCCGGAAGACACCGUCUACGGAGGCCCAAAACCUCAAAACCCUGACAAAAGAGUCACCCUGACAACUCUACGCGCAAAGCACAGGAAAGGGGAGGGGAUAACGAUGGUGACGGCUUAUGAUUACCCGUCGGCAGUCCAUUUAGAUACGGCCGGAAUUGACAUCGCACUCGUCGGAGACUCUGCGUCUAUGGUGGUUCACGGCUACGACACGACGUUGCCGAUCACAUUAGAGGAGAUGUUAGUGCAUUGUCGAUCUGUUGCUAGAGGAGCUAAACGGCCAUUACUUGUGGGGGAUCUUGCUUUCGGCACCUAUGAAUCCAGCUCCCAACAGGCUGUUGAUACAGCAGUGAGGGUAUUGAAAGAAGGAGGAAUGGAUGCAAUCAAGUUGGAAGGGGGUGCACCAUCGAGAAUUUCGGCUGCAAAACACAUCGUUGAAGCUGGGAUUGCUGUUAUGGGGCAUGUAGGGCUUACCCCUCAAGCCAUUAGUGUUCUUGGUGGAUUUAGACCUCAAGGGAAGAAUGUUCUCAGCGCAGUCAAGGUUGUGGAGACAGCUCUAGCAUUACAGGACGCCGGAUGUUUCUCCGUCGUUCUUGAAUGUGUUCCUGCUCCGGUGGCUGCUGCCGCCACUGCUGUUCUUAAAAUACCCACAAUUGGCAUAGGGGCAGGCCCUUUUUGCAGUGGACAGGUUCUUGUCUACCAUGACCUAUUGGGAAUGAUGCAACAUCCACAUCAUGCUAAGGUUACUCCAAAGUUCUGUAAGCAGUUUGCUCUUGUAGGAGAAGUGAUUACAAAAGCUCUAUCGGAAUAUAAGCAAGAAGUUGAAAAUCGUUCAUUUCCAGGGAUUAUGCACAGUCCUUACAAAAUCAAUGGAGCAGAGGUUGAUGGAUUCAUGAAGGAAUUGCAGAAGAUGGGGUUGGAUAAGGCGGCAGCUGCGGUGGCAGAAGUGGCUGAGAAUUUUGUAGGAGAUAAGAAUUAAAAAAACCUUCAGAUCUGUAAUGUUGGUAUCCCAAUUUUGUGGAAGGUGAAACCAUGAUUCAACAUUUUUAUAUAUGUUUAUGGUUGUUGUUUGGA